AUGUCGUCAACUCAGAUACGAAACUACGUGGCGGAACUUUCUAAUUUAAAGGAUCAAUUCAACACCCUUUCUAGCCAAUCUAGUGAGAAGCUUAAAAAAAUUAUUCAAACUGUCCAAUCUUAUCAAACGCGUAUGGAGCCGCUAAAUAAAAAUAUGGAACAACUUCAGAUUUUACAAAGAAAUUUAGAGGCCUGUCGAUUAAAGUUAAGUCAAGUGCAAGAGUAUCACCGCACCGGUCGUGAGUUGGAAAAUACUAUUAGACAAGGACCGACAGUUUUUACUGACAAAUUUUUAAAGGCUAUGGAACGUAUAAAGGAUGCGUUGGCUUAUUUUCAAGAGAAUAAUCCACAAGAUGUUGAAUUUAGUCGAUUGACAUCAUUGUAUUCAAUUGGUUUAGGAAGCUUGGAACGUGAAUUCGAUGGUUUAUUAAGACAAACUUUCCGUCCUAUAGAUGAUGCUACUUUAAUAAGAUUAAUGGAUCAAAAAGUCUCUGACAAAGAAUCAGGUGAUGGUUCAUUAAUUGAAGAUACAGAACAAAUAGAGGAUAUUCCAAAUAAUAUGUUGAAUAGUUUACGUUUUCUUGCUAAAUGGAUGAGUGAAAAUCAAUCAUUUGUAAACAAACCACAAGGUAUAUCUCAAGGAUGUUUGACAAAAUAUUGUGAAUGCCGUCGUGAACUUAUCCGUUUAAAUUUAGUAAGAGUACGUGAAUUAUUAAGAAAAGCUGAAAAUCCAUCAUCAUCAUCAUCAUCUGGCACAAUAUCUAAACCAGGAUUUCUGCCGCCAAACGUACGUGGUCGCACUAAACGCCUCCCUGGAUUCGUUUGGGAUAUAAAUGCUGUUCGACUGAUUAAUGAAGCAGAAACCGAUGAACUUGAUUCUGAACACUAUGCUAUCGCUCUAGGUGUUCUUGUCAAAUUAAUGCAAAAUGAAUGUAUUUUGUUGGAUCGUUUACAGUUGACUGCUAGUCCACAAGAUUCUCAAGUGUUAUUGUUCAAUAUAUUUAAAAACGGGUCAUCUGAUAUCCUAACUGAAGGAACAACACUAACUCGUUUAAUGCAUCGAGCUCAAGGACGGGCAGAAUUUCAUAUGGUUAUGUCAUUAUUAGUAGUACUUAAAAAGUUUUUCCAAAUUUCUGAUGAUCUUGUAUCUGUACUUCAGGGUGUUGAUAAUGUAUUAAUUGAUUUUAAUCAAUUAGUUCUUCGUUUAUUAAGUCAAAGUAAAAUAACGCUAGAAACUUAUGUACAAUUUUUACAACAAGUUACAGAAAAAUCUAGUUCAAAUAGUAAUAUUGUACCCGAAGAUGGAACAAUACAUGAACUUACAACUAAUGCACUGAUGUAUUUAGAAAACUUGUUAGAAUUCGCUGAUAUUAUUGGCACUACUUUGUCAUUUACUGAAGCUGGUCCACAAGCUACCACUAACACACUUAAAUAUCUUACCACUAUUGGCCAAAAUCAUGCCUUUUUGGAAAAUAAAUUUGGGAAUUAUUUAUUUAAUGCUAUAUUCGCUCUUAUGACAAAUUUGGAACGUAAAUCAGAAGUUUAUUCUGAAGAGAUACGUCGAAUGAUUUUCCAAAUGAAUAAUAUUCAGUACAUAUUGAAAAGUAUUUAUAAGACAAAUAUUCACCGUUAUCUUUUAUCACAAGAUCGUGAAGCUGUUGCCAAAAUUACUAGUAUAUUGGAUGAACGUAAACUUUUUUAUACACGAUGGUGUGCACGCAUGCUUUCAUUACCAGAUGGUAAUAUUUUAAAUCGUAUUACUGGUUUAAUUAAUCGUUCUUCUAUAGAUCAAAAGGAGAGAUCUUUUUUAAAAUCUCUUUGGAAUGAUUUUAAUAAUGGACUGAAUACUUUAACUAAACAACAUCAUCUUGUUUCAAUACCUGAUCGAGAAUUGAAAAAUAGUUUAGAGCAUCAAUUAGUACGGGAUCUAGUCGCUUUAUAUCGUGGUUUCUGGGAAAAAUCAAUGUCUAUCGCAUUCACAACAAAUCGUGAUAAAUAUAUUAAAUUGUCCGUUGAAGAAUUUGAAAUUCGAAUACGACAUUUGUUUAAUGGAACAUCAACUAACAGUACACGUCAAUAA